AUGGCUUCUUUAGCUUGUGUGCAGGCCAGCAGGCUUUUGAGGUGCCUUCCAGCAUCUUGCACAGCAUCGGCUGUACGCUAUCAGUCCGGCUUUGGUGGCCCACAGGAUGGAUUUGGCGGCCCUCAGGGUGGAUUCGGUGGUCCACAGGAUGGAUUUGGUGGUCCCCAGGGUGGAUAUGGUGGUCCUCAAGGUGGAUUCGGUGGUCCUCAGGGUGGGUUUGGAGGCCCGCCCAGUGGUUUCCCCCAAGGUGGAUUCGGAGGACCCCCGCAACAGGGUGGCUUUGGAGGGCCCCCGCAGCAGGGUGGCUUUGGAGGGCCCCCGCAGCAGGGCGGCUUUGGAGGACCCCAGCAGCAGGGUGGCUUUGGAUUUGGUGGAGGUUUUAGGGCAAGACGCAGGGAAACUGCCCCCAUUCCAGACAAGGCUCCCUUUGGUCUUCACUUGUCAAGAAUUUCCGGCAUGAGGGUUGAGGACCUCAUGGACGUUUUCAAGGCUCAGAAUCCAACUGAGGUGAAGUUCCAGGGAGAAAUGAAUGCUUUCAUUUUCUUCGGCAACCGGGACGACCUAGUCUCAGCCCUGGAACUCAGCGGCAAAGAGGAGAUCCGAUUCAUCCGUGUGGCGACCAGCCUGCGCCUGCAGAGAAUCUCCGAGAUCGGUGACGAUCCACCAUUCCGCGCUCACGUCCGCAACCUGCCCCCGGGCAUGACGAUGGAGGACCUCCAGGAGACCUUCAAGGAAUUUGAGCCCGUCAGCGCCGUCGUCAUCCAGAAUCGCAUGACCAUGGUGCCGUACGGGUUUGUAGAGUUUAGCACUCGCGAGGCCCUGCUCAAGGCCAUCGACCUGAGCAUGGACACAUCGAUCCGUGGCAUAGUCGUCAACCCGUCCAUCAACCGUGCGUAA